CUGUAGUAUAUUGUAUAGAUAUAGGCUACUAUAGGAUACAAUACAAUAGCUGUAUAAAAUAUACUCUACUCUGUAUAGUUAUUUCAGGCAUUAGUAAAAGAAACAUCACAAUGUUUUUACCAUAUUUUCUGUUAUUUAUAACUCUACAAAACAUCUAUUGCUACAAAACAACACAAAACCCAACGAGUAAUUUCAAGCAUUUAUCAUCAAAACCAUCAGAUCAAGUAAUUCCUGCAAGAUACAAGGUAACCAGCAAAACAAACUAUGAUAAUCCAACACAAGGUUUUCCAUCAGAAUAUUUCCCUGAAGUAGAAUAUCCAGAAAGCAUAGCUGAUUCAUCAAAGCCCUUUUAUAUGAACACAAGUCCUUUCUCUGAUGACGUGAAAUCAUCGUUCAAUUCACUCAUCGCUCAGGGCAACAGGCCUAAGCCUGACAAAAGUCAAGAAAAAUUGACGCUUCUAACACAAAAAGUGAAAGAAGCAACCGACACAAAAGGAAAUGAAAUCAAUUCGAAUGAAACGAGCACAAACGAAACUGUUCAAGAUAACACUAUAUUAGAUUUAGACAAUGAUACAGUUGAGUUGGAGGUUCCCUAUUUUGAUAAUAGUACGGAGAACAUGUUCAGGAAUGGGUCAAAAACGAACCAAUCUAUGGUAGACAUUGAAGAAUGGGGUCUUGUUGCUGAAUUACUUAAAGACCUGGACGAAUUUAUGAAGAAUAUAACGAUCAUAGAAGAAGAAUUUCAAGAUGUUAACAAUACAACAGUCGAAAGUGAUACUGACGAAUCAGAAUUAAUAAGUCCAAACAAUGAGACUAUUGUUGAAUUCGAUGGAAAUUCUUUCCAUUCAGAAGGGCAUGAUCAAAUAAGGAUGCCAUUAUUUGAAGGUUUGGACGAUACAAAUGAUACUGCGGCUAAUAUAACUUCAUUAUUUAAUGAGAAUAACAUAGAUACUAGUACUGCUGAGGAUAUGCAAAGUGAUAUUUGAAACAUUGGGAAGAUUGCCAACGAAACUAAUACUUCUUGUACUGGUAGUUGAGCUUUUACAGUUUUGUUCUAGUUUCAAAGUGUAGGCUGUUGGACUUCGAACGAAGAAGUUCAUACAAUAUUAUCAUAUCAUAUUAUGAGAAACAUAAAUAUUAAAAACGUAUUUAUAAAGUUUAAUAAAAUGUGUAAUGUCCAUAACUUCACGCUUUUUAAUUGUAUAAAAACUAAACUAAUUAUUUUAAGAUUAAAUGUUAACUUCUAAUUUACGCAGGUUAUGAAUGAACCACAUCGUCACAUGUACUAAACUAACGACAGAAAACAUCCAGAAGUAUUAUUUUGUAUGGACAAAUAAUGUAUUGUAGUGUACACAUUUACAUUUUAUUUUACUUACCAAAAACCAGUAACGAAAAUAGCUUAUUUGUGAA